GGGCGGGGCUGGGGCUGGGGCUAGGCUGUAUGCCAUAUAAACGGGAGCUGGAUGAAGCGCAAUACCACUUCUACAUAUAACACAGGAGCGACGGGAUCUUGGGGUACAGUCUGUUUUUAAAAUGAUCGUCGUCAUUGAAAAUCAGGAAGCCUUUGACAAGGCGCUCAGAGAUGCAGGUGACAAACUGGUGGUUGUGGACUUCACUGCAGUUUGGUGUGGCCCGUGUCAAAGCAUCGCCCCGUUCUAUAAAAGUCUCUCCGAAAAUCCAGAUUACAACCAGGUUGUGUUUCUGAAGGUAGAUGUGGACGACGCCCAGGAUGUGGCCAGCUUUUGUGACAUCAGUUGCAUGCCCACUUUCCACUUCUAUAAGAAUGGAAAGAAGAUUGACGACUUCUCCGGAUGCAACCAGGCCAAACUGGAGGAGAAGCUGAACGAUCAUAAAUGAAGCCUUCGCAUCUGCCCAGUCGUCUGUAGCCACCAUAAACACUGUAUCACUCUUGGCCUUCUUCAUCUCCAUGACUUAGUAUUGCUGGUUCUUGGUGGUCCUAUUGUUUGAAUGGCUUUGUGUACGACAAACACUCUGUGGGUAACGUACACUCACUGUUCAAACAGCAUUAAAGCCACCAGGCUUAAAGUGAAUUUGCUGCUUCUGGUUCUUUGAUAAUUAGGCUUGUUAUUCCCAUCCGCAGUAAGAAUACUGUACUACAAUAUUGUACUAUAAUACUAUGUCAAAGUAUUUUGCGGCGUUUUUUUUUUUUUUACUGUUACUAAUAAACUAACAUUGACUCUGA